AUGGCCCUGAGAAAUCAUAGCAGGGUGUCUGAAUUUAUUUUUUGUGGACUUACCCAGUCUCAAGAGCUGAGCUUGCUCUUAUUUUUCUUUUUAUCUGUAGUUUAUGUAACAACUGUGUUAGCAAAUGUUGCCAUCAUGAUCACUGUGACCUGUGAGUCCCGCCUUCACACCCCCAUGUACUUCCUGCUCCGCAAUCUCUCAGUCUUGGAUAUCUGCUUCUCCUCCAUCACUGCUCCCAAGGUCCUCGUGGACCUUCUGUCAAGGACAAAGACCAUCUCUUUCAAUGGUUGCAUCACUCAGAUGUUCUUCUUCCACCUUCUCGGUGGGGCAGACAUUUUUUCUCUCUCUGUCAUGGCCUUCGAUCGCUACAUGGCCAUCUCCAAGCCCCUGCACUACGUGACCAUCAUGAGUAGGGGGCGAUGCACUGCCCUCAUUGUGGCCUCCUGGGUGGGGGGCUUUGUCCACUCCAUCGUGCAGAUUUCCCUGUUGCUGCCCCUCCCCUUCUGUGGACCCAAUGUCGUUGAUGGCUUCUACUGUGAUGUCCCCCAAGUCCUCAAACUCGCCUGCACAGACACAUUUGUUCUUGAGAUCUUAAUGAUUUCCAACAACGGUCUGGUCACUACUCUGUGGUUUGUCCUUCUUCUUGUGUCCUACACAGUCAUCUUGAUGAUGUUGAGGUCUCACACUGGGGAGGGCAGAAGGAAAGCCAUCUCCACCUGCACAGCCCACAUUACUGUGGUGACCCUGCACUUUGUGCCCUGCAUCUAUGUCUAUGCCCGGCCCUUCACUGCCCUCCCCAUGGACAGAGCUGUCUCCAUCACCUUCACGGUCAUCAUCCCUGUCCUGAACCCCAUGAUCUACACCCUGAGGAACCAGGAGAUGAAGUCAUCCAUGAGGAGACUGAAGAGAAGACUUAUGUUUUCUGAAAGGGGAUAG